AUGGCCGAAGAGUGGGAUAACGACUACGCGGACUUCGACGACGAUACUGAAGUUGAACUCUUCGAAACCAAAGAUCGAACAACACAGGACCAUGGUGGCCUCAAAUCCUUCAAGACUAAGGAUGGUGGGCUUGUCUACUAUUCUGACGAUCCGUCUGGAUUUACUGUGAGCACAGAGAGGCUCUUGCAGGUCGAUGGCUUCGAGGACGAUACGGAACAGCAGCGAAUGACUCUCAUUAUCCUGAAAGUGGUCCUGGCUUCCAACGAUGGUGAGCAGAGGAUCCGACAUGUCACAUUUAGCAUGGAGCUACAAGACCAAAAGCUCCCAGAGAAAGCCGAGCCAAGGCUCGUCGCCUGGGCGCCGUUCGACUCCAUGGUUCGGUCUAAUAUGACAAAGGUCGACGUGGAGAAAACAGUCAAUACCGGGUCAAAGGUCGGCGGCGGAGGUGGAGGCGUCACUGCAGAGGCCUCUUUGGGCUACGAAAAGAAGAUUUCGUGGUCCCAGACCUACUUCAACUCAGGCCACGCGUACCCCAUCAUGGACAAAAAGACCCAGGAACGCAACGGGGUGCGCUGGGUUCUGGCGUCGAACCCCAAAGAGGUCACUGGGGUACCGCCAGGAAUCACAGUGGCGAUACUACUGUCUCGUUCGACGGACAAGCCGUACCUUGCUGAUUUCAACAUCUCGGUCACUGGAGGAACAAUGCAUAACCUGAAAAGGAACAUCAAGACGGUGCUGGGCAUGAAGCCUGGAACAACGAGGCCGUACAAAAUUACCCCGUCUAAAACGCCAAUCAAGCGCGGGGAGGGGGAGAGCCUGUUCAAGUUGGCCCAAAUCCAGCCGAACAGACUGGGUAGACUGAGGGAGGGAGGGGAGCUAACCAAUUUGACUCUCGUGUGGGGUGACGACGUGCAGACGAAGGAGGAGGAGACGGGAGAGUAG